UUACAGGUAUGGCAUUGUUAUUCCUUUACGUUUCGUCUAGAUUAUGCUACCACACAGUGCGUGCAACUAUUUUCAAUUAUGUUUACUAACACUUGUUUCUACCGAAGGUAUAUCGUCAUUGGAUAUAAGCCCAGACAGUUUCAUAUUAGAAGAAAAAGAUAUUUUAAGUAGAUAUCCCAAAUUUUACGAUGACAGAGCGUAUUCGUCAGGCGAAGACACAUACAAUGAAGAUAAUCCAUUUAACGAAGCUGGAAACUCCCAAUUCCUCAUUGGAAAGGACACGGGUCUUAAGAAAAACGAUAAGAAAAAUCUAAACGCGGAAGAAAAAGGAAAGAAAAAGCUAUUUAACGUAAACCCUAAAAUAGAAGAUAAGAAAGACAAUGCUCCUCUACAAAAUGACAAAGAUGCUAAAGUUAAAGGAAAUAAUGAACAUGCACAUUUACUAAAUAAUGUUAAUGAAAAUAUUUUUCAUGAGGAUUCUAAAUAUGAUGUAAAAAAACUAGCGGAAUUGCCAGGUUUUAAAUUAAACUCGUCUGACAUUAUUAAAUUUAAAUUAUGGCCCGAAGCCAAAAUACCAUUUUUUAUAGACGAGUUUUCAUAUGACAAAUUUCUUCACGAAAAAAUCCGUGGCUAUCUGGAAAAUGCGAAAACUCUUACUGGUCUCAAUUUCGAAGAGCUUGCCAGUCCGCCGGAAGACGAAAAUGCAAGAUGGGUGUUCUUCGUCAAUCGUAGAGGACAACUGGACUGCAAGGAUUAUUCCACCAAAUCUUUCACGAAUUCUGGAGUGCAGAAAGUGAUUAUAGGCUACGACUGCCUCCGAAACAACGGGCCGAUGGCAGCAAUAGUCCUUGCAUUGGUAGGCGUACCUCCGCAACACAAUGCACCUAACCGGGACCAAGUCGUUAACAUCUCCAUGGAGUCUAUACUUCCUGAAAAGAGAGGGCUUUUCAAACGUCUCGAUGAUGACGACUGGCUGUUCCACGACCUGGAUUAUGACUACUACAGUAUUGGCCACUACCCGUCACACAAAUACACUGCGAAUGGCUAUCCAACUAUCACGUCAUUCGCCAAGAAAAAGGUCCUAUACAUGAAGCAUGACGAAAAAGACACCUACAGUAAUGUAGACAUACAGAAAAUAAGAUUGCUAUACAAUAAUAUUCUCCGAAUCUUACCUCGUAACACCACGAAGGUAGAACUCUGCAAAAAGUUACCUCAACCUUCUAAUAAGAAGCUUAAGUCAAUAUCAAUUAGAGGACCGAAAAAAAAUAAUCUUGCUGAACGACAAUCGGUUAUGGAUUUAAAGUUUGUUAUACUAAGUACGAUUGAGGAUUAUAGUGAUUGAACAGCAAUAAAAUUCAUAAGUGAUA